AUGACGUCACGUCCCUCAAAGGCGAUACGCACUGGGUUUUUUUAGACACAAGAGAGGCACAUUGCGGUAACAAAUUGUUGUCAACUCGGAAAAGAGAAGGAGUUUCUUUCCACACAGACAUUGCUGCUAUUUACGACAGACUAUUCAUUCAAAGGUGACCGUUUGUCCCAAAAAUGAAUUUUGAGCAGCCCCCUCCAUACCCAGGCAAUGGCCCCACUGCUCCAGGCUACCCAGCCCAAGGCCCACCUCCACAGGGCUACCCACCUCAGGGUUAUCCCCCACAGGGAUACCCUGUGAACAUGGAGCAGCCUAAUGCAGCGUACCCCAACUACCCUGCAGGACAAAUGGGCCCAGGAGGUCCUUACCAGGGCCAAGGACAGCCUCCUUAUGGGUACCCUGGACAACCGCAACCACAGUUUGGCUGGCAGGGGGGACCCCCUCCUGGGCCUAUGUAUGGGGAAGCUCCCAAAAACACAGUGUACGUGGUGGAGGACAGGAGAAGGGACGACUCAGGAGACACUUGCCUGACAGCCUGCUGGACGGCUCUGUGUUGCUGCUGUCUCUGGGACAUGCUGACAUAACUAUUCCUCCAACGGUUCACCCCCAUUACUCCCCCCGAUUUCUGUGCCUCGAGUCCCAUCACCCCCGCCCCCCUCAUCUGCCUUAGAUGACCUUGCACUCCUUUUAAGAACCACCCCUCUGUUUCCCUCUUCUGCCCGUCUAAUAAAUGAAAAGCCUCGAUUCCCAUAUGGAAGUCUCUGUCCGGUGCCACUUGCUUGACCUUGAUGUGAGACCCUCAGCACUAACCAGCCAACCCUGUCAUGGGCUACUCUGUAGCAGCAUGUACCUAGCUUCUAAACAUAAUCUAUAAACACACACACACACACACACACACACACACACACACACACCAAGAUAGAUACACAAUAACACCUAUAUGGUAUACUUGGAUCUCAGGCUCAUCUAGUGUGAGGCUCUCUUGGCACUUUAUGACGAUUACCUCUGUAAGACACUACUCCUGCCUGCCCUGUCAACCAUCUCCAGCCCUCCCUAACCCCCACCCUUCAGCUUUGCCGAUGGCAACCCUUUAACCCUGGACACCCCCGAAUGGCACCAAGACCCCCUCCCCCCGGCUGUUGAUGAGCCACAGGGCGCUCUUAAGAAGCUAAUGCUUGAAAUGAAUCCCUUUUAUUUGCACAGAAGCCGUUUUUUGCUGACGUACGUCUUCAGGUGGAAUCAUUUUUAACGAUGACAGUGAUUUAGGUUGGAUUUACUGUUAACAGUCGAUGGCCACAAUGUUUUUUUCCACGAUCUUAAUAUGAAAAAGAUAUUCCAAUAUUAUUUUUUAUUACAUACCUUGGAAAUAAAACUGAAAAUGUCAAAAAAAAUAAAGUGAUUGCUUAACAGAAGAAACCAAAUAACCUGUCGGAUGCCUUUUAUUUUGCUUUGGAUGAUACAUUUGCAUUAAAAUAAUUUAUUCCCAUAAAA